AGUGCUCCCCCACACACACACACAGCUCCUUCACCCUCGCCUGCUGGUCCUUCUUUGCUCGCGAUGGUGGGGAAAAUAUUAAGGCGGAGGAGGCUCCACCAGCCCGCGCCGAAGCCGACACAGCCGCAGCAGAGUGGGGGCGAGGAGGUGUUUUCGGCGGCCGUGCUGACCUGCAGCGCUAACACCGGAAAGGGCAAGGGAGUUCUGACAUCAGACAUUUUUUCUGGGGUGAAUAUUGAUCCAAAAAUUCUAGUGAAGAAGUUGGACACUGAUUCAAGGAAUCCUGUUUCAAUCAUAAAAGAUGAAGAUGAAAAAGUAAUGUCUAAGAAAGAAAAAAUGAAGAUGCGUAAGGAGAGAUGGCUGCAAAAAAUUGAGAGCAUUAAGUUGGCAAAGCAGCAGCACAAAGCGGAGGCAAAGCGGAAAGCAACUCCAGUUGUUGGAGAUAUGCAUCCAUUGAUGAAUGCUCUGCCUGAACUUUCAGAUCUGGUGACAGUAAGCAAGUUCUGCAAACAGCGUAAUACAGUGCAGAAGAAGAAGAAAGUAUUGACAAAUUUCAACCAGAUGAAAUCAGCCCAGAAACGCAAAGUCUUGGAAGAGGAAAUGGCACAGUUUCACAAGACAAUAUCGAAUCCUUUGUUCAAAGCCAACCCUCUGUCAAUCAUUAGUCAGCAUCUUUCCAAAAGACUAAAACAGGAGAACGAGGAAGAACCACUUUAAUACAUGACUGAGGAUGUUUGAAAACUCCAGCAAUUGACUCCAUCAUGGUUUUAUCAAUACAGGUAGCUUAAUGUAACCUUCAGAAACCGGACCCAGUAACUUUGUUUGC